AUGUUACUCAAAUCAUUCGUCCUCUCAUUACCAUUAUUGAAUACAGCUCUGGCAGCUACUUAUACGCUUUCUAAAACUUGGAAAGGUAAUGAUUUCUUUGAAGGGUUUACAUGGUGGGAAUGGGAUGAUCCAACUGAAGGUAGAGUCAACUACGUGAAUCAAGAGACCGCAAUCGCUAGGAACCUAUCAUACUCCAAUGGCGAUACAUUCUUCAUGAGAGCAGAUUCUACCAACGUAUUCGAUCCAUCCUCAAGGGGAAGGGAUUCAGUCAGGAUUCAUAGUAAAGAUACUUAUACCGAUGGUAUCUUGAUUAUGGAUGUAGCUCAUAUGCCUACUGGAUGUGGAACCUGGCCAGCUUUCUGGACAUGUACGAGACAAGGACCAUGGCCAACAGGAGGCGAAGUCGAUAUAAUCGAAGGUCUUUAUGGUAUCUCAAAUGCUUAUUCCAAUAAUCUAUUCACUCUCCAUACCGACGGUUCACAGAAUGGCUGUACAAUGCCCUCGACCAACAGAGGAUCGGGAACAACUUUGUUGAACGAUUGCAGAGGUGGUGUAGGGUGUGGAGUAAGAGAUAAGAGCGGUAAGAGUUUCGGAGAAGAGUUUAACAAGAACGGAGGGGGAAUCUUCGUGAUGCGUCGAUCUCGAACUCGAGGAUUCUCCUUUUGGUUUUGGCCUCAUAAUGCUGCUACAGCUCCAACGGACAUCACUACAGGUUCGCAAGUCGUCAUGGAAUCAUUAUGGGGUACUCCAAUAGCCAAUUUCCCGACCGAUCAAUGUGAUGUAUCGCAACAAUUUGAUGAACAUGAAAUCAUUAUCAACUUGACAUUCGGUGGAGUAUGGGGAGGAGCAGAUGCACAGUGGACUUCUUCAGGAUGUGCAGGAAAUGUAGGAUGGACACCUAAUGAUUUUAUCGAUAAAAACCCUCAAGCCUUCACAGAUGCUUUUUGGGAGAUAAGAUCAUUGAGAUGGUAUACUGAAGUCUGCCCUCUCAAGCAUAGGAAGAGAAGAUUGGUAUUGUAG